CACAACGCUUUGAAGCACUGAAAUGGGAGACAUAAAUCAUCGGAGAGCUGAGAAAUCCCUCCCAAUGGCAGAGUACCAGAGACUCAUAGAUUCAUUGACGGAGGAUAAAGAACGCGUAAAGAGACUCCAACAGCAGGCUGUAGAGAGGGAGGAAACUCACAGGCGUGAGAUUCAAGAACAUCGAAAUAGAGCCAAAUGGCUUGCUGUCAGAAACAAUGAGCUGGAAAAGCGAUUAAAGCAUGCCAUGAAGGUUAUUGUCGACCUCCAGGAAGAAAAGGAGCGCACAGACCCAGAGUCUAGUCUCGACGAGCUCGACGAGGAAGUGUACAGGUCAAUUCUCACUGAAGCACAGAAACUGGUCAAGAUGAAGGCAAAGAAUAGGGCACAAUCCUCUACAUCAAGCUCUGCUCGUAAUUCUCCUGCCCAAACCAGUGAUAGAACGCCCCGUCCUUCAGGGACCCCGAGGGGUGCUGGUCCCUCUCGCCUUGCUUGCUCGCAGAACCCGGCGUCGAUACUGUCACCGGUGAACGUUUCAAUACCACGGGAAACACCUCUCAACUCUCAUCUUAAUCCCCCAGCGUCUAGUCAGCCAAAAAGCGAACCCGAUGAGUUUGAGGAAGCGUUCGAGUCCCAUCCGUGGCUUCCUUCCUCUCACGCGGAAACGCAGACUGAACGUCCCCCAGCGACAUAUACCCCAAAUCAAACCAUUCGAAGCCGCUACUCUUUCAGAAAGAGCAUUGCGACAUCAACUUCCAGCGCAAAGAGCACUAUUUUCUGGGAUUGCUGUCCCUUCAAUGAUGUUGCUGAAUUCUUCGAUUGGGAGAUGUUGAAGGAACGUCUGGAUUUAACAGAGGGCAAGGUUGAGUCGCUUAGAAAGAUGGAAAAUCCAGGUCUAGGUUUACGCGUCAAAAUCGUCACUGUCAAGGAGGCUUACCGCGUCGCCUUCAUCUACCGCCCCGUCUGGUAUGAGUCACGAUCUGCUGGCCUUGAAGGGAUUUACCUUGUCGACUGGUGUCUACCCCGAGAAGCGAAGCAAACGACAAGUUACCUCCGAAAGAGAGGCGUCAGGGAGGAGCUGAGUGAACAGUCACCCAUUCUCCAUGUCGUAGUCUACGUUCACGAUGAUGAAGAGCGGGAUGCUACUGGCUGGUGGUAUAUUGGCGCAAUGAAGUGGCAAGAGGUGCACCUUGAGAAGGCGGCAGAGCACUUGAGUGAACGCGGCAACGGUUCACCUUCGAAAGAUGAGAUCGUCUCAAUGUUCGAGCAAGGAACCCUUGCCCAAAUAUCAAUCAAGAUGGUUCUGCCUGAAAACAGGACAGAAAUCUCGCGUCAGUUCCGUCUUCCCGUUUUCGGUACGCCAGGCGGUGGGAGAAGCUCUCUAUCGAGCGCUUGA